AUGGUGCCGGUUCUAACGCCUUCCAGGCUCUGCCCUUGGGAGUGCAACCGCCUUCGAGAUUACAGCCACCCCUGUCGAGGUGCUCUCUCAGGUAUUCCGUCAGGUAUUCCUUCAGAUGUUCCUUCAGUUGCUCAACCAGGUGCUCCUCCCAGUGCUCCUUCAGUUGUUCCGUCAGCUCUCAGGGAUGGCGCCACGGAUGCUGUCACAAGUGCUGUCAGCGAUGCAUGUGCAGAUUGUUCCACCAUGCAGCAGCAGGGGCAGCAGCAGGGGCAGCAGCAGGGGCAGCAGCAGGGGCAGCAGCAGCAGCACACCAGCAUCACUGUGGGAGAGAUUGCGAGCAAGUCAGCUCCCCACCUUCGUCUGUGCGACUGGAACGACGAUGAUGUUGAUGCUGCUGCUCAUGCUGCUGCCAGGGGUGCCAGUGGUGCUGCUGCUGCUGCUGCUGCUGCUGCUGCUGCUGCUGCUGCUGCUGCUGCUGAUGCUGCUGCUGUUCCGGCUGCUACUGCUGCUCCUGCUCCUGCUCCUGUUUCUGUCCCUUGUGCUGCUACUCCUGCUGCUACUACUACCAAGCCUGCUGGUGCGGGUGGUGAUCGAGUUGCGCGCCACGUGGCGUUCAUGCAGCAGGAGCAAGCGGAGGAGCAAGCGGAGGAGGCGGAAGAGGAAGAUUAUCAUCGGGCGUCAAGGCCGAACCUGAGUCACCACCUCCUCUCAGCUCCCCACGAGCUAACAGCGCCACUCUUGCUAACAGUAGAGGAGGAGGAGGAGGAGGAGGAGGAGGAGGAGGAGGAGGAGGAGGAGGAGGAGGAGGAGGAGGAGGAGGAGGAGGAGGAGGAAGGGGGGAAGGAGGAGAAGGAGGAGGAGGAGGGGUAG